GACGCCGCUUAGCCGCGGCUGCUCUUCCCGGCUCCCAGAGGCCCGGAUUGGGACAAAGGGGCGGGCGCAAUCUGCAUGCGCACGCACGCUCUGAUCUCGAUGGACCAAAAUGGUGCCGGUGGAGCACGUUGUAGCCGAUGCAGGGGCUUUCCUGCGGGACGCGGCUCUGCAGGACAUCGGGAAGAACAUCUACACCAUUCGGGAUGUGGUCAGCGAGAUUCGGGAUAAGGCCACGCGCAGGCGGCUCGCAGUCCUGCCCUACGAGCUGCGUUUCAGGGAGCCUUUACCGGAAUACGUGCGGCUGGGUGAGUGUCUCUGCCCGGUGUUAAUGGCGAAGCUGGUUCCUGGGUUGCUGACUGAACCUGCUCUGGUUCUAGUCGGAGUCUGGAUACUUUAUCAGAGUUGA